ACGAGGGAAGUGGCGGGUGGGGACUAAGGGGGGCGUGCAGGUGAGCCGGCCGGCCGGGGGUCGCGGGUAUGGCGGAGGCCAGGAAGCGGCGGGAGCUGCUCCCGCUCAUCUACCAGCAUCUGCUGCAGGCGGGCUAUGUGCGCGCGGCGCGGGAAGUGAAGGAGCAGAGCGGCCAGAAAACUUUCCUGACUCAGCCCGUAACCCUUCUGGACAUCUAUACGCACUGGCAACAAACCUCGGAGCUCGGCCAGAAGAGGAAGGCCGAGGACGAUGCGGCACUGCAAGCCAAGAAGACCCGCGUGUCAGACCCCAUCAGCAGCUCCGAGAGCUCGGAAGAGGAGGAAGAAGCAGAAGCCCUACUUGCCAAAACCACCCCAAGGCCAGCGUCUGUCAACUCCUCUGUUACGGCAGUGACUUUGCCGUCAGGCAUGAAAGAAAAGGCCAAGGCACAGAGCAAGGCGGCCAAGGCUGUGAACUCUGUGCCACACCCUGCCUCUGGGAAGGCCCUAGCCCACCUGCUGACUGGGAAGUCAGCCCGGAAGUCAGGAGAACCCUCAGCAAACACAGUCUUGGCCUCAGAGACCGAGGAGGAGGGCGGUGUCCCGGCCCCUGCACCCACCGCCAAGCCUGGGUUGGUGUCAGCGAGCCAGGCCGACAGCUCCAGCGAGGACACCUCCAGCUCGAGCGAUGAGACGGAUGUGGAGGUGACACCGUCAGCGAAACCUGCCCCGAUCAGAGCCCCGCCGGCCCCUGCCCAGGAGCCUGCAGUGAGAAGGGCAGCUCCGGCCCCUGGGAAGGUGGGGGCUGUGACACCCCAGGCCAAAGGAGGGGCACUGACCCUGGCCGCGAGGGCCAGGAAGCCGGAAGAGGAGUCAGAGAGCAGUGAGGAGUCUGACAGUGAGGAGGAGGCCCCUGCGGGGAGGCCCAGCCAGGUGAAUGCCUCUACGAAAGUUCUCCAGGUCAGACCUUCCUCAACCACUGCCAAAGGGACCCCUGGUAAAGUGGUCACCCCAGCACCCCCUCGAAAGGCUGGGCUCAUUGCCCCCCAGGCCAAGGCAGGCAGGCCAGAGGAGGACUCGGGGAGCAGCAGCGAGGCAUCAUCUGACAGCGAGGAAGAGACGCCAGCUGCCAGGACCCCACUGCAGGCGAAGCCCCCAGGGAAGACUCCCCAGGUCAGAGCUGCCUUUGCCCCUGCCAAGGGGUCUCCCAGGAAAGGGACCCUUCCAGUGGCUCCUGGCAAAACAGGACCUGCAGCCACCCAGGCCCAAGUAGGGAAGCUGGAGGUGGACUCAGAGAGCAGCAGCAAGGAGUCGGACAGCGAUGAGGAGACCCCGGCAUCCAUGGGCGUCACUGUGAGCCCAGCUCAGGUGAAGCCCUCAGGGAAGAAUUCCUGGGUGAGACCCGCACCUACUGUGGGCGCAGGGCCCUCGGGGAAAGGCAGUGGCCUAGCACCCCCUGGGAAGGCAGCGCCUGCAGCCCCUUUGACUCAGGUGGUUAAGCCGGAGGACGAGUCAGACAGCAGCAGCGAGGAGGAGUCAGACAGCGAGGGGGAGACGACCCCGGCUGUGUCUGCCACCCAGGCAAAGCCCCCAGGGAAAAUCCUCCAGGUCAGACCUGCCUCAGGUCCCACCAAGGGACCCUUGGGGAAAGAUGUGGCCAUGGCACCUUCCCAGAAGUUGGGGCCCGGGGCCACCCAGGUGAAGGCUGAAAGGGCCAAGGAAAACUCAGAAAGCAGCGAGGAGUCCUCUGACAGCGUGGAGGAGGCACCCACAGCCACGACUCCAGCUCAGGCAAAACCAGCUCUGAAAACUCAAGCCAAGGCCUCUCCCAAGAAAGGCACCCCUGUUACCCCUGCAAAUACCAAGGUCGCCCCCGUGCGAGUGGGCACCCCAGCCCCCUGGAAGGCUGGCGCAGCCACCUCUCCAGCUACCGCCUCGUCCCCAGCUGUGGCCUGGGGCGCCCGGAGGCCCCAGGAGGACUCCUCGAGCAGUGAGGAGUCAGAGAGCGAGGAGGAGACAGCUCCUGCUGCAACAGUGACCUCUGUGGGCAAAGGCUUCCAGGCGAAAGCUGCCCCGGCGACCACGCCUCUGCUCCCUGGAAAGAUGGGGCCUGCGGUCCAGAUCAAAGCCAAGGCUCAUGAGGACUCUGAGAGCAGCGAGGAGGAGUCUGACAGUGCGCAGGCUGCCUCCACUCCAGCACAGGUACAGGCCUCUGCAAGAACCCCUCAGACCAAGGCCAGUGCAGCUGCUACAAAAGCAUCUUCAGCCGAAGGGGUCACAUCACCUCCUGGAAAAGUUGUCGCUGCAGCUGCCCAGGCCAAGCAGGGAUCCCCAGCCAAGGUAAAGCUGCCUGUGAGAGCCCCCCAGAACAGUGCCCUGGGGAAGGCAGUGGCUACAACAGGCCCGGCCCAAAAGGGGCCCGUUGGGAGGCCACAGGAGGAGGACUCUGAGAGCAGUGAGGAGUCCUCAGACAGUGAGGAGGAGGCACCAGCUCAGGUGAAGCCCUUGGGAAAGACACCCCAGGUCAGAGCUGCCUCAGCCCCUGCCAAGGAGUCCCCCAGGAAAGGGGUCCCUCUAGUACCCCCUGGCAAGGCAGGGCCUGCAGCUGCCCAGGCCCAGCUGGGGAAGAAGGAGGAUUCAGAGAGCAGCAGCGAGGAGUCAGACAGCGGAAGGGAGGCACCUGCAGCCAUGACCCCAGCCCAGGUGAAACCGGCUGUAAAAAACCCCCAAGUCAAGGCCUCUCCGGUGAAAGGCGCCCUAGGCGCCCCCACGUCUGUGAAGGCGUCCACAGCAAAAGCCGACACACCAGCCCCGUGGAAGGCUAAGCAAGCAAGUCCUGCCAAGGUCUUAUCGCCUCGCAAGGACAGUAACUCCAAAACACCCAGAAGCAAGACCCUCACCCCAGCACCCCCAGAGAAAAAGGCACAGGAGUCCUCAGAGAGCAGUGAUGAGGAGUGGCCUUCGAGCCAGGUGAUUAAACCCCCUCUGAUUUUUGUCGACCCUAAUCGUAGUCCAGCUGGCCCGGCUGCUGCCCCCGCACAGGCCCAGGCUGCGGGCGCCCAGAGGAAGACCCGGGCCUCGGAAAGCUCAGCCCAGAGCUCCUCAGACACCGAGGAUGAGGACGUGAUCCCCGCCACGCAGUCCUUGGCUCCUGCCUACAGAACCAGCGUGGUGCCCACUGGCCGCCCAAGGACAGGCCUUGGGGCCAGCGGCAGCGAGGAGAGCAGUCGGGUGUCAGAAGGCAAGAAGCAGGAGACACCAGCCCCGCAGGUGGCAAAGAGGAACCCAGCAUCCCUCCCGCUGACCCAGGCUGCCCUGAAGGUCCUCGCCCAGAAAGCAAGUGAGGCCCAGCCUCCUCGUGCCAGGACCCAGUCUUCAAGCGGGGUUGACGGGACUGUGGGAACACUCCCCGUGACGAGUCCUCAGAGCGCCGCUGUCCAGGCCAAAGUGACCAGUAACCUCAGAAAAAGCAAAGGCCAGCAGACCACAGCCCCUCCCUUGGGACACCCCAAGGCCAAAGCCCCUGGGAGUUCAGAUGACAGCGAGGACAGCAGCAACAGCUCCUCAGGGAGCGAGGAGGGUGCCGAGGGACCCCAGCUGACCAAGUCGACCCCCAGGCCAGCAGGUUCAGUCCCCGCUGGGAAGGAGACCUUGGUGGAGGAGACCUCCGAGUCCAGUGAGGAUGAGGUGGUGGCGCCUUCCCAGUCUCUCCUCUCAGGUUAUGUGGCUCCUGGGCUGACCCCAGCCAAUUCCCAGGUUUCAAAGUCUACUCCCAGGCCAGACUCCAACCCUUUAGUUUCCUCUACUCCGGCUACCAAAGAUGACCUGGAUGGCAAGCAGGAGGCAGAGCCACAGCAAGCCGUGGGCACUGUGUCCCCUAAAGCAGGUAGAAAACAGGCCACCUCUGGAACCACACCUCAAAAGCCCCGGAAGCCCAAGAAGGGCGCCCCGGGCACCCAAGCCUCAAUCCUGCCAAGCAGCAUCACCCAGCGCCUCCUGGGCGAGCCCUGGCCCCUGAGUGAGGCCCAGGUGCAGGCCUCGGUGGUGAAGGUGCUGACGGAGCUGCUGGAGCAGGAGAAGAAGAAAGCCCUGGACGCCUCCAAGGAGAGCAGCAAGAAGGGCCGCAAGCGCAAGCUGGUGGUGGACCAGCUGGCCCCCAAGGCCCCCAAGAGCAAGAAGAAGAAGCCGGCGGCGGCUGGGGAGUGUAGGGAGGGCGCUGAUUCUCAAGAAAAGGCCUCCCGGACUUCCAAGGGGAAAGCAAAGAAAGACAAAGCGAGUGGUGAUGGCCAGGAGAAGAAAGGGAAGGGGCCUUUUGGCUCCCCAGGGGCCAGGGACAAGUCAGAAGGGGAGCUCGGAACAGCGAAGGUUGAGGGAGGCGAUCAAAGCAACUCGAAGAGCAAGAAGGAGAAGAAGAAAUCUGACAAGAAGAAAAAAGACAAAGAAAAAAAGGAGAAGAAGAAGAAAGCAAAAAGAGCCUCAGCCAAAGACCCUGAGUCACCGUUCCAGAAGAAAAAGAAGAAAAAGAAGGUGGCCGAGCAGGCAGUGUGAGGGGCCGGGCCGAAGGCACAGGAAUCUCUUCACUGAGUGGUGACUGCCCCAUGCCUCUGACCUCUGACCUCUGCCCACCGUGGGCUGGAACUGAUUUUAGAACUCCUCUCCGUGCGGCAGAAGCUCAUCAGUCCAGGGGCUCCACACUGGCCAAGCCAGUGAGCCUGCGGGGGGCUGGUCCGAUGAGGUGGGUGGGCCCAGCUCCCAUGGCCUCGCCCACCCUUCCCAACAUGGGCGCUUGCGUAGAUGUGUACAGUAUAUAUAUUUUUUUAAGGGACCUGCCUCUUGCUCUUCAAACCCAACCUGCCCAAAGGCCUUGGGACUUGCCAGCCUGCUCCGCAGCCCCAGGAGGCCCAGCCAGCGGCUCAUCCCUCGCCACUUGGGCUCCUGCUGGUACUGAGGCCUUGUCCUUUUGUCCGUUUUUCCAGUUGUGGUUUGGUUUUGUUUUUUAAGAACUCAAAAAAAAUAAAGACUGAAAGGAAA